AUGGAGGAGGCUAUGGUAACUGACUUGCUUUGUGCUUGUCAAGGAGUUAGUGAUAUUGAUGAUGAGAAUUACUCUUUUGGCAUUGGUGAACCAAGAAUUAUACAACGAUUGAAAUCGCCGGUGUUGAAUUUGGAGGCGAUAUCUACCAGAGGCCAUCCUACUACGUCGCCGACCGAUGCUUUCAAUGCGGCACUCGAUCCAUCCGUUGUUGCAUUUGGCGAUCUGAUCGAUCAAUAUCUCGGUAGAGUUUCUAGAGCUGUGGAGAUCACCAAUAGGAUACAUGAAGUUUUUUUUGUUCAGAAAGAGCUUUUGAUUAAGCUCAAACACACUCAGAAACCAAACCCUACUUGGCUGGCUGAAUUUUAA